AUGGAAGUAUUUCGUGUCGGCAUCGCCUUUAAGUACCCACUUAAGGCCACCACGACGCCGCCAGUACUCCUCUUCCGUGUGGAGCAAGGACUGAACCUGAUCCUCCAGCGCGUAUUUAAGAAUAGGACUACUGAUUUGGCUGAGCAAUAUCCUGCGUUGGUUGAACCAGCAAAACUAAUCCUAAAGAAGUGCAAUGGACUUCCCCUUGCGAUAGUCACCAUCGGUGGCUUCUUGGCUGAUCAACCAACAAAAACUGCUGUAGAGUGGAGGAAACUGAAUGAGCAUAUCAGUGUUGAGCUGGAGAUGAAUCCAAAAUUGGAGGCCAUAAAAACAGUCCUUAUGAAAAGUUAUGAUGGCCUACCCUAUUACCUCAAACCUUGUUUCCUGUACAUGUCCAUCUUUCCUGAAGACCGCAAUGUUAGCCAGAGACGUUUGGCUUACCGAUGGAUUGCUGAAGGUUAUGCACGAGACAAGGCCACAACAGAUAGAUACUUCAUGGAACUCAUAGAGAGAAGCAUGAUAUUACCAACUCAGCAAUCAGUUUGCAGCAUACAAGGAUUCGACUCGUGCCAGCUACACGAUCUGAUUCGUGAUAUCAGCAUUGCAGAGUCUUUGGAGGAAAAUCUUCUUUUCAGGUUGGAGGAAGGCUGCAGCUUGAACACCCACGGUGCAGUGCGUCACCUUGCCAUAAGCAGCAACUGGGAGGGAGAUGAGCAUGAGUUGGAGAGCACUGUGGAGCUGUCCCGCAUACGGUCAUUGACGGUGUUUGGCAAGUGUAGGCCAUUUUACAUUUCUGACAAGAUGAGGUUUCUUCGGGUGCUGGACCUGGAAGGAACAGAUGGGUUAACGAAUCAUCACCUUGAGCACAUUGGGGAGUUCCUUCAUCUGAGAUACCUCUCUCUACGAGGGUGUGAUCACAUCUAUUACCUCCCAGAUUCUGUGGGUAAUCUGAGACAACUUGAGACACUAGACAUCAAAGGGACGGGUAUAGGUAUGUUGCCCAGAACCACCAUCAAGCUUACAUGCUGCUCACUGGAUUUUUCAAAAAUGAGUGGUUUUGGCAGGUGUGAGGCUUGCCAUCUUGCUUGCUGCAUAAUGAACCCUAAUAUCAUUAGGGGUAUAGCUGAUUCUGGUGUUAAGGUGCCAAGAGGGACCAGGAAACUGAAGGCCCUGCGUACACUGCGGUAUGUUCAUCUUGCCUGGGGAAAUGUCAUUGUAAAAGAGAUAAAAGGUCUCACUAGCCUGCAGAAGCUAGGAGUGGUCGGUAUCAACAAGAAAAAUGGUCCAGGUUUCUGUUCGGCCAUUUCCAGCCUUAGCCAUCUUGAAUCAUUGUCAGUGCGGACAGGGCAUAUCCUAAAUUUUGGAAAAGGAGGGGAUAGCCUAAAUGGCUGUUUAGAUGACAUGUCCACAGCUCCGGAAAACCUGCAGAGCCUCAAGCUAUCCGGCAGCCUGGAAAAAUUGCCGGAAUGGAUCAAGGGGCUCCAAAAUCUAGUGAAGCUCAAGUUAGAACUCAGCAGGCUAUCAGGGAACCUUGAAACCAUGCAAGUCCUUGGGAACCUACCAAACCUAUCCAUUCUGGGUUUGUGGGAUAGCUAUUUCAAUAUCGAUGUACUCCAGUUUCAGACUGGCCUUUUCAGAAGGCUCACGGUCCUUGAUCUUUUUUACACAAGGAUGAAAAUUAGAUUAGUGGAGUUUGAGGAAGAAUCGAUGCCCAGUCUUGAGAUGCUGACCCUUAGCCUUGGAGAUACUGAAGCUGCCUUCUCUGGGCUAGAACUUCUCCAAAGCAUCAAGGAAGUACGGCUUAGUUUUCAUUAUAUCAGGUUUACACCCAAAUCAUCAAAAACGGGGGGGAUCGAAAGAUUGGACAAAGGAGAGUAUGAAUGGAUGAAGGAAAAAGAUAGGAGAAACAAACCCAAGCAAGAUAAAGUCAGGGAGGAGUUGCAGAUGCAGCUUGAUAGGAAUAAUAAUAAGAAUCGGCCAGUCUUGAAGGUGCAAUGAGCUCAGAAACCUGGGGCUAU